AUCUAACCUAACACACAAACUGCAGAGUAACAAGUUAUUUAGUGUUAAUGCUGUAGCACUUGCACUUUAUUUACAGUAGGUAACUGUGCUGGUGUGUGUACUGUAUAUAUUGUGCGUAUGUUGUUGCGGUAGAAAUCCCUCCGGCCUUCAGGGGGCGCCCUUUCACUCAUAAACUGACCUGCAGUCGGAGAGGCUUCUUUAAACGAGAUGGAAAACCGUGCAAACAGCUUGGCCGUGUGUUCGGGAACGAAUCGGGAAACAAUGGAGCGUUUCAUCCAGGUGACAGUUUUUAGCGUUUUAAUUACGAUGCGUAAUUGGGGAAAGCGCGAGCUGAGAGAGGAAUCACAGCUCAGAUAUGCAGCUCUGCAACCAGCCAGACACUGAUUGUUGUGUGUGUUUUGUUUUGUUCCUUUCUUGCAGGCUUGCAUACUUAAAUACAGCGCAUCAGAUUCUUUCUUUCAUGCAUUUGAGUCUUAAUUGGACUAAAAACGUCCUGGUCUGAGUUCGGACUCAGUGCAUGAAGACAAGAGGAGAGACUCGGAGCAAUGGCUUGCAUCACUGUAACGCUGCUGCGCGCGAGCUGAUUGGCGACAGAACCGCGGAUGAAGGUGAGCAAGAAGAGGAAAAAAAAAAAUGAGGGGAGAUUAUAAAUUCACGCUCAGGUGAAGAGAAGUUUGGAAUAAACAUGCAAAAGAUUGGACUUUUUUUUUUUUUUUUUUUUUUUUUUUUUUUUUUUUUUUAAUGUUUUUAAUCCGACUCAGUGUUACAGCUGCUGCUACUUGGUGUCUGAGUCCUCUCGCGAAUGGAGGUGUCAAAUAAACAGAUCUGGCUUGUCUAAUCCGAUCUGUUGAUUAAACAUACCGCCAGAUGUGGAAGCAAACAUCUGCAAUGUGAGCCAUGGAAUCACCUGCGCUUCCCACAUGAUGCCGAAGGUCGGAGGGAUGAAGCUUUUCUUAAUGAAGUGCUUGUUAUUCCUGCGCUGGGCAUGGCUUUGUUUGGCUGCUUGUGGUGGGACGGUGGAGCUGCACACGGAGAGAAGAGGAGUGAUCUACAGUCCAUCCUGGCCUCUGAACUAUCCUGCCGGAGUCAAUUGCUCCUGGAACAUCCAGGGGAACCGUGGCGAGGUCAUCACUAUAAGCUUCCACAGUUUUGACGUGGAGGAGUCGGGGGGAUGUCGGGGAGACUGGCUGCUGCUCGGCCCCACGUGGAAAGACGAGUACCGCGUAUGCGGCUCGGCCCUGCCUCCUCCGUUCAUCUCCUCCAGAGGUGCGGUGUGGCUCCACUUUCACUCGCAGACCAACAGCUCGGGACUGGCGCAAGGCUUCCGGCUCUCCUAUAUACGCAGUCGUCUGGGAGAGAGCAGCUGUGAGAGUGAUGAGUAUCUGUGUGGUAAUGGGAAGUGUGUGCCACGCUCCUGGCGCUGUAAUGGCCUGGAUGAAUGUGGAGACAACACGGAUGAGAGGAACUGUAUUGGCCCUCCCACGCCUGCCCGGGCCAGUCUGUGCGCCCCUGGUACACUGGAGUGCAGCCUCGCUCAAUCGACCCGCUGCCUGCCCUCAGCGCUCCGCUGUAACGGCGUCCACGACUGCCCCGACGGCUCCGACGAGGCUCGGUGUCCCGACAUGGUGUGUGGAAAACGGCUAGCCAACUUCUACGGCAUGUUCGCCUCGCCCGAUUUCUUCCGGCCAAACCGCAGCACUGGCGCAGACCUCUACUGCACCUGGUUCCUGGACACGCAGGACCCGAAGCCUCUGCUGCUGCGGUUAGACCUGCAGUUGGGAGCGGGCGAUUCGGUGCGUGUGUAUGACGGUCUUGGGGAACGAGCCGAGCGUCUGCUGCAGAGUCUCACACACCACAACAACCAGCAUUCAGCCGUGUUGGAGUCCUCGCAGGGGCAGAUGAGCAUCCUGUACCACGCCAAACCGCACAGCCAGGGGCACGGCUUCAACGCCUCCUACCAGGUGAAAGGUUACUGUUUCCCGGGUGAGUUCCCGUGCGGUCCAGACGAGGGCUGUUACUCUCAGCAUCAGCGCUGUGAUGGUUACUGGCAUUGCCCGAGUGGCCGAGACGAGGAAGGGUGUGCGCUGUGUGGCCCGGGUCAGUACCCGUGCCAGGGGGCCGGAGGUGCGUGUUACUCGGCUCACGAGCGCUGUGAUAAUCAGAAACAGUGCCCAGACGGCUCGGAUGAGAAAAACUGCUUCUCCUGCCAGCCGGGAACGUUUCACUGCGCGACUAACCUGUGCAUCCUGGAGACGUGGCGCUGUGACGGGCAGGAGGACUGUACUGACGGCAGUGACGAGCACGAGUGCCAGGCUGCAGUGCCACGCAAAGUGAUCACGGCGGCGCUGAUCGGCAGCCUGGCCUGCGGCUUGCUGCUCGUCAUCGCCCUCGGCUGUGCUUUCAAACUCUACUCACUCAGAACCAGGGAGUACCGAGCUUUUGAAACCCAGAUGACUCAGAUGGAGGCGGAGUUUGUUCAAAGAGAAGCCCCGCCCUCAUAUGGUCAGCUGAUUGCUCAGGGUCUCAUCCCACCUGUGGAGGAUUUUCCUGCUUAUAAUCCUGCUCAGGCGUCCGUUCUGCACAGUCUCCGCUCGGCCAUGCGGAGACAGAUGAGGCGUCAUUCUUCCCGACGAAUGGCGUCGCGCCGCAGACUAGGUCGCCUUUGGAGUCGUCUGUUCCAGCGCGGGAGUCGACUGCGUGGUCAUAUCCUCCUCCUUACCCCACCAGGGCGGGGACACACUCCAUCACAGACACACCCUCUGCCGUCUGGUCACUCGCACGUCAGCUCUCGGACUGGGAAUAGCAGCCACUGUGCUGUAGAGGGGCAGAGCGGCGAGUGGGUGGACCUGCAGGCUCACGCCGAGGCUCUGUGCUUAGCCGAAGGCGGGUCGCCAGCGUCAUCACCCACAUCACCAGCCCUGCCCCGCUCCCCCUCGGACACACUGGAGGACGACGACGAUGACGAGGACGACGACGAGAACGAUGACGAAGAUCGCGAUCGAGCAUCAGGUCUUAGGCCCAGAGAUGAGAGCAGGUCACACGGAGCUCCACGUCGACCCUCACGUCUACCGUUUCAAUCACGAGCAUCCAGGAGGGUCGUCCAGGGACUGGCGGCGGAACUGGGAACCACGCCAGUCACACGCUACUCCGCACUGGGAAUCUCUCCUCUGUCCACUUCUGAGUCUCUGACGUCAUCCAGCAGCCAGAACGAGGAAGAUAUGAAUUCACCGACACACACCGAUCCCUGCUCAAACACUCACACUGAUCCACACGCUGCCCUUAACACACACUCAGCAGUUGGAGAUAAAAGCGUAACGCGAAACGGGACGCGAAGUGGACACACGAGCAGUGACGAAGACGAGGAUGAUGUUCUGUUCACGCGCUAAAGGGCCGCCUUCGUCCUCUUUUAAACUUUAUACAACUUGAACAGAAAUCCUGCUCAUGGAGCGUGCAGAAAAGUUUAAGAAUGUCUUCAUGACAUCAUUUUUAUUAUAUACGAAACUUCGUAGACUGAAUCUGUUUAUAUUUUACACACAGAAAUAACUGAAGGUGCAGACGUGAGGAGUCGAGAGUGUGCGCGGGAGUGGCCUGAAUUACUUUAGGGGAGAUGUGGGCGUGGUCAGAGUUUCCGCAGGAGCGUUUGGGCGUGGUCACAGUUUCUGCAGUAGCACGUUUCACUGGUAGGUGGGUGUGGUCAAAGUUUCUCUAGAAUUGUGUGGGGGUGUACUAAGUGUUUCUGCAGGAACAUGUGGGGGUGUGGUUACAGGUGGGUGGGGCCCAGUUCCUGAAGGAGUGUGGGUGUGGUCACAGUUUGUGCAGUAACAUGUGGGGGCAUGGUCAGUGUAUCUGUAGGCGCAUAUGGGUGUGGUCAUUGUUUUUGCAGGGGUGUUGGGGUGUGGUCACAGUUUCUACAAGGACAUGUGGGUGUGGGCAUUGUUUCUACAGGCACAUAUGGGUGUGGUCACAGAUUGAGCAGGGACAUGGGGAUCUGGUUGGUGUUUCUGUACGAGCAUAUCGAGUUGGGCAUUGUUUCUCCGGGGCCGUGUGGGCGUGGUCAUUGUUUCUACAGGUGGGUGUGGUCACAGUUUCUUUAAGAGCAUGUGGGCACGUAGUCGCAGUUUUUGCAGGGACAUCUGCCUGUGGUUAGAUGUUUUACAGGUGCUCUAGGACGGGAUCAGAGUUUCUACAGAAGCAUGUGGGAGUGGUCAUAAUUUCAGGUAGGCGUGCUUACCAUUUCUGUCGUUUUUGCGGGUGGCUCAGGAUUAAAACACACGGUCCUGUGCACAUCUCUAUUCCCUGGUGCGUCUCUUCCCAAACAUGAACCUGAAUGUGGGAUGAACAUGAGCACUAGUAAAUCCUAUUCAUAAUAAUUGAUUUCCUUCGUAAAAUAAAGACCAGCGGACUGCUUGCUCUCGCGGCACGCCUUUAUUCCCUGUAAGUCUUUACGAGUUUUAGGAUUGAAAUCCAGAAUGUAAUUUAAAGAUGGAUAAAGUGCAUCAGCUGUGCUGGAAGUGAUGUUUCGCUUCAGUUUUGGUGGUUAAACGUGGCCACUCAUGGCCAGAAUUGAAGUGUGUAAGGCUCCCGUUAGGGGAGCAGAGAUCUCAGGGACGUGUGUGCUGGUUUCUGGAAGAAUGUGUCGUUAUAUUUAUAUCCAUGUUUGUUUCUGAUCAGCAUGUGGGGCUGAAAUGUGCUGAUUUGAGGAUGUCGUUUUUUGUAAGCAGCAGUU